AUGCAGACCGCCAUCCGCUCUGCCCGUCGUUCCUUCUGCGCAAGGACCCCCACCAUCCUCGCACGCCAGCAUCUACCCGCCAACGCCCACAGACUCGCCCGUACUAUGUCGUCCGUCACCACGCACGCGUCUCUUUCUCCCAUCUCCACCACUAAUGCCCCCGCCGCCGUCGGGCCCUACAGCCAGGCCAUUCGGGUGGGCGACCUGCUCUUCGUGUCCGGCUCCCUGGGCAUCGACCCGUCGUCUGGCAAGAUGGUCGCUGGAGGGGUCGAGGCGCAGGCGGAGCAGGCGUUGAAGAAUACGAAGUCUAUUAUCGAGGUGGCGGGUGGUGAGGUUGGGCGUGUGGCGAAGACGACGGUCUUCUUGCAGUCGAUGGACGACUUCAAGGUCAUGAAUGGGAUCUACGAGAAGUUCUUCGGCGGGCACAAGCCGGCACGCUCCGCCGUGCAGGUCGCGCGCCUGCCGCUUGACGGGCUGUUCGAGAUCGAGUGCAUUGUGAGUUUGGCUUAG